CUCCUCUUAGACCAACCGGAUCCGCCGAGCUAUGAAGAUCUCCCUGGUAACCUUCUGCAUCGUGACGCUGGUGCUGAUGCUGUGCAGCAUGUCCGUGGAGGCCAAUCCCAAAAAGUGUAAGCCUCCUCUCAAGUGGAACGCAAAGACGAAGAAGUGCGCAGGCAAAGCCAAGGCGGGAAAGAAGACUACUGCCGCCGCGGGAGCCGCAGGUGAAACGACUGCAGCCGCAGCGACGACAGCUGCUCCUGCCUAGAAGCAGGACCCUUCUUAAUCCAGCAUGAACCAAUAAAUGGGAUGGGGAGCACUUCCCGGGGUGUUGGGAGACGAACCCCUUUGACUUA